AUGGAAGAGGGUGUUGGUCACUUCUCAGAGUGGUCCAAAGCUGCCAAGCAUGCCUUCCUGUCAGACUGGGCCCAGGACAAGGCCAGCGAAUGGACGAUAGUGAUGGGCAACGAAGGAGGAGAUCUUGACUCGAUGGCAGCUGCUCUCACCUGGGCGUACCACCUCUCGCACUCGACGCUUCACCAUCCUCAACCUCGCAAGGCUGUUGCCCUGUUACAGACACCCCUGGAUGCUCUCGACCUUCGACCUGAGAACAAGGUCGCUCUGGACAACUCCAAGAUGAGCUCGGGUCAUCGUGACCUUCUGACCAUCGAUGAGCUUCCUGCUCAUCCUAAGGAUAUUGCCAAGAAGAUUGGUGGUAUUGUCCUCGUCGAUCAUCCCCUGCCUUUGAGCGUCUGGAAUGAUGCCAAGAUUCUAGGUAUCAUCGACCAUCAUGCCGACCGUGGGGUCGCUCCACACGCCGAUCCAAGGUUCUUCGAGCCAGUCGCAAGUUGUAGCACGCUCGUAGCCCGUCAAAUGCUCAACGAGCUCGAAGCCAUUCCAAAGCCUCCCAACGGACCUGGAGAGUACCACAUGCCACACGAGCUGCUCGAGCUCAUUCUAGACGCUAUCGCUAUCGACUCAGACGGCCUCAACCCGAAAAAGUCCACCCAGACUGACACCGAAGUCUCUCAGCGCCUACUCGAACGCAGCAACUGGCACAACGAGAGCCUCUCCGAGGUCAUGGACAGGCUCGACCAUGAACUCGGCAAGGCUAAGAAACAACUGUCCCACCUCUCCGUCCGAGACCUUCUCCGCCGUGACUGGAAGGGUGACGUUGUUCCUACCGUCGACCCAGCUACUCCGGAUAUUCACCUCGGUUUAGCCUCCACCCCAGUCUCGCUCGACGACCAGAUUAAACGCACAGAACACAAGAACAUCACCAACUGGUUCCAAGUCGAGAAAGAUUGGACUGCCGAGAUUCGAGCCGACGUCAGUCUGUGCUUGAACAAGUACAAGAACGACGAUGGAGACAAGGUGAGAGAGAUCACGCUCACUGUACGACACGACCAUCGCAUCAAUGGCACACAAGCGGACGAUCUUUUCAAGACCAUCAGUACCGCUCUGAAUGCGAGCUUUCAUCUCAAGGAACAUCCCAAGAUGAAGCAUGCUCACAGUUUGAAGAGACAGAUCGUCUGGUCUCAUGAUGAUGAGAGCGCCGGCAGAAAGGUCGUGCGUCCCAUUGUCGAGAAGGCAGUCAAGGAGUGGGUCUCGCCAUAG